GGCUUUAACACCAAAAUAUCGCGACAAUUUCGUGCACUCACUAGAACCUUCCGUUUAUUCUUUCGCAAACAAAACCCUCCACUCGAGGCCGUGGAUUCACGCCUUUUGUAAGGUUAACUUCGCCUAACCCAACAGGGACAAACACAAGGAAGCCUGAAAAACACCAUUUUUUCAAUCAAGCGAUCGUUUUCGUUGUGUCUAGGGGUUACCUUUUCUUCUCUAGGAUAUUUGUUCAGUUUCAUUCAACUCGCCGGUCUCUUUUUAUCUGAGGGAGCAUAAUUCUCUGAAAAAUGCAAGGAGGGAGAGGUGGCAGAAAUCCGUUCUCUGGUUUUGGUGACCCUUUUGCUGGUUUUGGGGGCUUUGGCAGCUUUGGGAGUCAGAGAAGUUUGAUGUCUAGUUUCUUUGGAGGAAGGGACCCAUUUGAUGACCCUUUCUUUACACGCCCUUUUGGAGGCAUGUUUGAGUCGAGCUUCUUUGGUUCCGGUGGAAGUCCUUUUCCUGGUAUGCAACCACCUGCAUUUCUUGAGCAUCAAGCUGCUGAGCCCAUGCCAUCAAGGGGGCCAAUCAUUGAAGAAAUCAAUUCAGAUGGUGAAAAAGAAGAGACGGACGAGAAGAUAAAAGAGAAGCCUAGAAAACAUGCUAGAUCAAGCAGUGAGCCAUAUGUCGAGGUCCCAGAUGAUGAAGCUGAAGGAAGAAGAAACAGGCAUUUGCAAUUGAGGAAUGAUUUCAACAGAAUAACAAAUACAGAAUCACAGCCUCAAACUCGCAGCUUCACCUUUCAGAGUUCUACCGUCACUUAUGGCAGUGCUGAUGGGGCUUAUCACACUUCAUCCAAGAUAAUGAGGACUGGGAGUGAUGGGGUCAUAUUUGAAGAAAGCAAGGAAGCUGAUAGUGCUACACGGCAAGCAUCUCACAGGCUUUCUAGGGGACUUCACAACAAGGGUCAUACUGUUAUGAGGAAGCUUAAAUCUGAUGGUAGAGUGGACACAAGGCAGACCUUGCACAAUCUCAAUGAAGGUGAGCUUGCUGGUUUUGAAGAAGCUUGGGAGGGAAGUGCUGGGAAGCAUCUGCCUGGUUGGAUGGCGAAUGCUGGUUCUCAUGCUACUGUUGGAGUUAGUGGGCUGGCAAGCCAGGGUGGUUGGGCACUUCCUUCCACGGAGCCAUCAGGAAAUAUGAUUGCACAUAAUAGGAAGAUUGCUGGAUCCUCCCGCUCAGAGCAUUUGGGGAAGACGGAUGACACUCAAGGUAUUAGAGACAAAAGUGCUAAUCCUCCACGAAGGAGGAAACGUUGAGCGAGAGGUUUAUGGAAAAUAGUAUGUGUAUUAUGUGAGUCACUCAUUUUGUACUCGAUAUAUGAGAUGGUGGUUUAAUGCAGUGAUCAAUAGUGCUGCCUGGUAUAAUGUAUGAAGUAUAAUUGUUUUAGGUACGAUGCUAAAAGUUCCCUUUGAGCAGGGUAUGAGAUGAGACUAGUGAUUCUGAUGUUAUACAGCUUUCAUAGUUUGG